AUGUUCCGGGCUCUGAAUGCUGCGCUCACGGUGCUGCUGGCCGCCUCGCUGUCGUGGCGGAGCACGGCGGGAGGCUACGGUGGUGGCGGCGGUGGUGGUGUGGCUUUUUUCGCCGCCCAGACCUCACCCCCGGACCCCUGCUACGACGAGCACGGCCACCCCCGCCGAUGCAUCCCGGACUUCGUCAACUCGGCCUUCGGCCAGGAGGUGAGGGUGUCCAGCACCUGCGGGCGGACCCCCGGCCGCUACUGCGUGCUGAGCUCGGCGGACAAGGUGGACGAGCGGACGCGGAACUGUCACACCUGCGACGCGUCCGACCCCAAAAGGUCGCACCCUCCGGCGUACCUCACCGACCUCAACAACCCGCACAACCUAACGUGCUGGCGGUCGGAGAACUUUAUCCAGUCCCCGCAGAACGUCACCCUGACUCUGUCCCUGGGCAAGAAGUUCGAGGUGACCUACGUCAGCCUCCAGUUCUGCUCGCCCAGACCGGAAUCCAUGGUCAUCUUUAAAUCCAUGGACUACGGCAAGACGUGGGUGCCGUUCCAGUUCUACUCGACCCAGUGCCGGAAGAUGUACAACAAGCCCAACCGGGCCGCCAUCACCAAGCAGAACGAGCAGGAGGCCAUCUGUACGGACUCGCACACCGACAUGUUCCCGCUGAGCGGCGGCCUGAUCGCCUUCAGCACGCUGGACGCGCGACCCUCCGCGCACGACUUCGACAACUCCCCGGUGCUGCAGGACUGGGUGACGGCCACCGACAUCCGGGUGACGUUCGGCCGGCUGCACACGUUCGGCGACGAGAACGAGGACGACUCGGAGCUGGCCCGGGACUCCUACUUUUACGCCGUGUCCGACCUGCAGGUGGGCGGCCGCUGCAAGUGCAACGGACACGCGUCGCGCUGCGUGAAGGACCGCGACGGGGAGCUGGUGUGCGAGUGCAAGCACAACACGGCCGGGCCGGAGUGUGACAGGUGCAAGCCCUUCCACUAUGACCGGCCGUGGCAGAGAGCCACUGCCCGGGAGGCCAACGAGUGUGUGGCCUGCAACUGCAACCUGCACGCCCGUCGCUGCCGCUUCAACAUGGAGCUGUACAAGCUGUCGGGGAGGAAGAGCGGCGGCGUCUGCCUCAACUGCCGCCACAACACGGCCGGCCGCCAUUGUCACUACUGCAAAGAGGGCUACUACCGAGACCUGUCCAAGGCCAUCACGCACAGGAAGGCCUGCAAGGCAUGUGAUUGCCAUCCCGUGGGUGCCGCCGGCAAAACCUGUAACCAAACCACAGGACAAUGUCCCUGUAAAGACGGUGUGACGGGUAUCACGUGCAACCGCUGCGCUAAAGGCUACCAGCAGAGCCGCUCGCCCAUUGCUCCCUGCAUAAAGAUUCCUGUUACACCGCCUACACCCGCAGUCAGCAGUACAGAAGAGCCCUCGGACUGUGACUCGUACUGCAAGGCCUCCAAAGGCAAACUGAAAAUCAACAUGAAGAAAUAUUGCAAGAAGGAUUACGCCGUCCAGGUGCACUUUCUGAAGGCGGAGAAGGCGGGCGAGUGGUGGAAGUUCACCGUCAACAUCAUCUCCGUCUACAAGCAAGGCGAGAGCCGCAUCCGCCGCGGGGACCAGUUCCUGUGGGUCCGCGCCAAGGACGUGGCCUGCAAGUGUCCCAAGAUCAAACCGGGCAAGAAGUACCUGCUGCUGGGCAACGACGAGGACUCCCCCGGUCAGGGCGGCGUGGUGGCGGACAAAGGCAGCCUGGUGAUCCAGUGGAGGGACACGUGGGCGCGCAGGCUCAGGAAGUUCCAGCAGCGCGAGAAGAAGGGAAAGUGCAAGAAGCCUUAGGUGGAAACAGACGCUGGAGGGGCGGAAGCUGAGUGCAGCUUUUCGAAAGAACGAAACAGAGACAGAAGACUGCGGACAGAAGGGACUGUUUGUGUCGCUGCUUGUUUUCUUUGUUUUCCUUUAGUAGCAUGAAGAGAAUUAUUUAGGGAUUCUUCUCUAGUGAACUUUUGUUGAAGGAGCUCACCGCCCAGAUUUGGUUCUACCGUUUUCUUUGAACAUCGCUUGUGGAUUUGCCGAAUUUGCACCAGUAUAUGUACGGUCACGAGUCUGUCUUACGCUCAGUAUAAAACCAUUAUAUAUAUUUUUUAUUUUUUUUAUUUGCUGGUGCGAAAAUGAAAUGUAAAAGCCCCUCAAACCCCACUCAAGUUUUGCCUUUGCAUGUUUUUUUGUUAUUUUUUGGACCAAUAACAUAGUACCUUGCUAGCUAACAGUAUUUUGUAUUACGAUGGGGGAAAAUUGUUUUCCGAUGAACACUUACGAUUUGAGGUGCCUACGCUAAACAUAUUACUUAAAAGGUUAAAAUCACUUUAGGGUAAAAUAGAACACAUUUUCCAAUUUUAUACUAGUGGUACCUAAGAUUUUGUUAAUAAUUCCUUCCAAAAGGUUUGAUACAGAACGAAUGGUACAAAAACCGUGGCAAUUUUUCCCAUAAGAAAUAAUGUAAAUCCAAUUAAUCUGUUCCCGACACUCAAAAACAUCAUAAUUCCAUAUCCAGAAAACAGUUUUGAAAACAUAGAUAAAUGAUUAAUAGAAUGAAUAAAUGGUGUUUUUCACCGUCUUUAAAAAAGUACUCGCAACUUUCUUUGGCUCCAUGGUGGCUUAUUUUGCAGUCACACUUGGUAGAAAAAGAGACCGAGUAGCCAACGCGUGGGGUUCUUUGUUUGGGUACUUGAUUCCGUGGAGUGAUAUGCGAGAAAAUGGACUUGUUUGUUCCGUGUAAUGUUUGACCGUACAAUGAACUAGAAGGUAUUAGAAAACAUUUGGUCGAAAAUCUUCGACAAAAGAAACGAAUUGCGCCAAAAGCAGAGUGUACGAUAACCAAGACGGUAUGUAAGAAAAUGGUGGUUAAAAUUUGGGUCAAAAUAAAGUCAUACAAAAUGUGGAGUGUAGAAUAUCGACCCGGUAUCCAAAAAUAUUUUUUUUCUGUAAAAAAACGAUAACCGAGGCGGUAUAUGAAAACUGUGGUAAUAUUUUGGAGGAAAAAGGUGGGUGUACAAGACGGUAUACAAAAAUCAUGGCAAACUUUUUUUUUUAAAUAUUCAGCGAAAAACGAUAACCAAGACGGUAUCUGUGGCAAAUUUUGGGUGAAAAAUUUCCUCAAAAACCAAAUCGUACGAAAAAUGAAGCGUACGAUAUCCAAGACGGUACACGAAAACCGUGGCAAAUUUUGUAAAAAAAAUAUUCAGCGAAAAACGAUAACCGAGACGGUAUCUGUGACAAAAUUUGGGCGAAAAUUUUCCUCAAAAACCAAAUCAUACAAAAAGUGUAGCGCACGUAACCAAGACGGUAUACGAUCAUUUUCCUCAAACACACAAUCAAUCAAAGAAAAUCUGCGCGGUACGAUAACCAAAACGUUAAAUACAAAAAUCGUGGCAAUAUUUUGGCAAAAAAUGUGUCAAUACAUUUUCGUCAAAAAACAAUAACUGUGAUGGAAUAUGUCGCAGCUAAAUAUUGGCAAAACAUUUCCUCAAAAACCGAAUCAUACAGAAGGUGGGGCGUAUGAUAAGUAAGACGGUAUACAAAAACUGUGGCAAACUUUUGUAAAAAAAAAUAUGUUCUGUGAAAAACGAUAACCGAGACGGUGUCUGUGGCAAAAUUUGGGCAAAAAUUUUCCUCAAAAACCAAAUCAUACAAAAAAUGAAGCGUACGAUAACCAAGACGGUACACGAAAACCGUUGCAAACUUUUGUAAAAAAAAAUAUUCAGCGAAAAACGAUAACCGAGACGGUAUCUGUGGCAAAAUGUGGGUGAAAAUUUUCCUCAAAAACCAAAUCAUAUAAAAAGUGAAGGGCACGUAACCAAGACGGUAUACGAAAUUUUUCCUCAAACACACAAUCAAUCAAAGAAAAUCUGCGCGGUACGAUAACCAAAACGUUAAAUACGAAAAUCAUGGCAAUAUUUUGGCAAUAAAUUUCUCAAUACAUUUUCGUCAAAAAACAAUAAGUGUGAUGGAAUAUGUCGCGACUAAAUUUUUGCAAAACAUUUCCUCAAAAACCGAAUCAUACAGAAAGUGGGGCAUAUGAUAAGUAAGACGGUAUACAAAAACUGUGGCAAACUUUUGUAAAAAAAUAUGUUCUGCGAAGAACAAUAACCGAGACGGUAUGUGUCGCAAAAUUUGGGCGAAAAUUUUCCUCAAAAACCAAAUCAUACAAAAAAAUGAAGCGUACGAUAACCAAGACGGUACACGAAAACCGUUGCAAACUUUUGUAAAAAAAAAUAUUCAGCGAAAAAUGAUAACCGAGACGGUAUCUGUGGCAAAAUGUGGGUGAAAAUUUUCCUCAAAAACCAAAUCAUAUAAAAAGUGAAGGGCACGUAACCAAGACGGUAUACGAAAACCGUGGCAAAAUCUCGGCGCAUAUUUUUCUCGAAAACGAACUCACAAAACAGCAGAGCUAACGAUAACCGAGGCUGUAUACAAAAUCGGUGGCAACAUUUUGGCGAUAACUUUAGUCAAAAACCUAAUCUAGCAAGGAAUGAGGCAUACGAUAAGAAAGACAAUAUAUAAAAAAUGUGGCUACAUUUUGUUGCAAAUUUUCCUCAAACACACAAUCAAUCAAAGAAAAUCUGCGCGGUACGAUAACCAAAACGUUAAAUACAAAAAUCGUGGCAAUAUUUUGGCAAAAAAUGUGUCAAUACAUUUUCGUCAAAAAACAAUAAGUGUGAUGGAAUAUGUCGCGGCUAAAUUUUGGCAAAACAUUUCCUCAAAAACCGAAUCAUACAGAAGAUGGGGCGUAUGAUAAGUAAGACGGUAUACAAAAACUGUGGCAAACUUUUGUAAAAAAAAAUAUGUUCUGUGAAAAACGAUAACCGAGACGGUAUCUGUGGUUAAAAUUUGGGCCAAACUUUUCCUCAAAAACCAAAUCAUACAAAAAAUGAAGCGUACGAUAACCAAGACGGUACACGAAAACCGUUGCAAACUUUUGUAAAAAAAAAAAUUCAGCGAAAAACGAUAACCGAGACGGUAUCUGUGGCAAAAUGUGGGUGAAAAUUUUCCUCAAAAACCAAAUCAUAUAAAAAGUGAAGGGCACGUAACCAAGACGGUAUACAAAAACCAUGGCAAAAUCUAGGCGCAAAUUUUUCUCGAAAACAAAAUCAUAAAACAGCGGGGCUAACGGUAACCGAGGCUGUAUACAAAAUCGGUGGCAACAUUUUGGCGAUAACUUUAGUCAAAAACCUAAUCCAGCAAGGAAUGAGGCAUACAAUAAGAAAGACAAUAUAUAAAAAAUGUGGCUACAUUUUGUUGCAAAUUUUCCUCAAACACACAAUCAAUCAAAGAAAAUCUGCGCGGUACGAUAACCAAAACAUUAAAUACAAAAGUCGUGGCAAUAUUUUGGAAAAAAAUGUGUCAAUACAUUUUCGUCAAAAAACAAUAAGUGUGAUGGAAUAUGUCGCGGCUAAAUUUUGGCAAAACAUUUCCUUAAAAACCGAAUCAUACAGAAGAUGGGGCAUACGAUAACCAAGACGGUAUACAAAAACUGUGGCAAACUUUUGUAAAAAAUAAAUAUUCAGCAAGAAACGAUAACCGAGACGGUAUCUGUGGUUAAAAUUUGGGCCAAACUUUUCCUCAAAAGCCAAAUCAUACAAAAAGUGAAGCGUACGAUAACCAAGACGGUACACGAAAACCGUUGCAAUCUUUUGUAAAAAAAAAUAUUCAGCGUAAAACGAUAACCGAGACGGUAUCUGUGGCAAAAUGUGGGUGAAAAUUUUCCUCAAAAACCAAAUCAUAUAAAAAGUGAAGGGCACGUAACCAAGACGGUAUACGAAAACCGUGGCAAAAUCUCGGCGCAAAUUUUUCUCGAAAACGAAAUCACAAAACAGCGGAGCUAACGAUAACCGAGGCUGUAUACAAAAUCGGUGGCAACAUUUUGGCGAUAACUUUAGUCAAAAACCUAAUCCAGCAAGGAAUGAGGCAUACGAUAAGAAAGACAAUAUAUAAAAAAUUUGGCUAAAUUUUGUUGGAAAUUUUCCUCAAACACACAAUCAAUCAAAGAAAAUCUGCCCGGUACAAUAACCAAAACGUUAAAUACAAAAAUCGUGGCAAUAUUUUGGCAAAAAAUGUGUCAAUACAUUUCCGUCAAAAAACAAUAAGUGUGAUGGAAUAUGUCGCGGCUAAAUUUUGGCAAAACAUUUCCUCAAAAAACGAAUCAUACAGAAGGUGGGGCGAAUGAUAACCAAGACGGUAUACAAAAACUGUGGCAAACUUCUGUAAAAAAAUAAAUAUUAUCAGCGAAAAAUGAUAGCCGAGACGGUAUCCGUGGUUAAAAUUUGGGCCAAACUUUUCCUCAAAAGCCAAAUCAUACAAAAAGUGAAGCGUACGAUAACCAAGACUGUAUAUGAAAACCAUGGCAAAAUCAAGGCGCAAAUUUUCCUCAAAAACGAAAUCAUAAAAAAGCGGGGCUAACGGUAACCGAGGCUGUAUACAAAAACGGUGGCAACAUUUUGGCGAAAACUUUCGUCAAAAACCUAAUAUAGCAAGGAAUGAGGCAUACGAUAACCAAGACGAUAUAUAAAAAAAACGUGGCAAAAUGUUGUUGCAAAUUUUCCUCAAACACGUAAGUAACCAUUCAAAGAAAAUCUGCGCAGUACGAUAACCAAGACGGUAUACGAAAAUCGUGGCAAUAUUUUGUCAAAAAAUGUGUCAAUAUAUUUUUUGUCAAAAAACGAUAACUGAGAUGUAAUGUGUCGUGUGGCUACAUGUUGGCAAAACAUUUCCUCAAAAACUGAAUCAUACAGAAGGUAUACAAAAAUUGUGGCAAGCUUUUGUAAAAAAAAUAACGAUAAACGAUAACCGAGACGGUAUUGGUGGCAAAAUUUGGGCGAACAUUUUCCAGAAUGAUAAAAAAGUGGGGCUUACAAUAACCAAAACUGUAUGCAAAAACGGUGGAAACAUUUUGACAAAAACCUUCGUCAAAAACCUAACCAUGCAAAAAGUAAGACGUGCAAUAAUUAAGGCAAUAUAUGAAAACUGUGGCUAAAUGUUGCCGCAUAUAUUCCUCAAAAACGAAAUCAUAACAAAAAACUGGGGGUACGAUAACCAAGAUGGCAUACAAAAACCAUGGCAAUAUUUUGGUGAAAAUUUUCCUCAUAGUGGAAUGAUAUUUAAUGAUGAUAAUUCAAUUAGUUUGUUAUGCGUAAUGUUUAGCCGUAGGAUAACCGAGCCAGUAUACAAAAACUGGCAGCAUUUUUGCCCAAAUUUUCGUCAAAAACCGAUAAUUGAUGAAGGUAUAUAAAAACCGUGGCAAAAUAUUUACGUAAAUGUUCGUUAAAACCAGACUCAUAUAAAAGGUAGGGUGUAGGAUGACUGAGGUACCGCUGUACCUGUGCAUUAUUUCAGUAAUUACACAAUAAAUCGGAAUAACAGAUUAAUAAACUUGAUUAUUCCUGUGAAGGAAAUCAAGGUGAGUCAGUGAAACUAAACUAUACAACACAUUCUAUUUAUAAGAGUUGAAUUAGAUAAAAAUGGAUGACUUAGUUGUAAAGAGAUAAUACAGAGUGUGUGAUUGCUUUAUAUCAGGAGAUAACAAACAGUAUUAAAAAUGUACUGUAAGUACAUGUAGGGCCUAAAACAAAGAAACACAGCCUUUAACUGACUUUAAAACUUCGUAGGUAGUACAGAAGAACUUAAGAAAAAAGUAUAUAAUACAUUUGACAAGUCAUUGAGGGUAAGCAAUGAUUCCUAAUGACUGAAAUUUGAUAGCAUUUUCUACAAUAAGUAUUGCAAAUUGUAUUGUAAUGUAUUUACCUGUACGAGGAAACUAUAAACUGUUUUUGUAAUGGAAAUAAUGUAAAUAAUGUUUUGAUGGCAAAUAUGUUGAGUUUAUUAAUUACAGCCAUAGUCGACUUGUUUGAGGAGUGGGAUGCGAGUCGAAUGAUUAGCGAAAUAUUCCCAUAUGAACGCAAAAUGAGCGAAACAUUUUUUGUAGUUUGCGGAAAAUUCUCACAAUAUCACGCCAUGACUUUAAAAGAGGGUUAUAUAGGAGAAAGUCCAAGCUCGCUGUACAUUGUGUACUUAUUGUGUUUUUUGUAUUUGGUCUGUUUGUCACAAAAAAUUUACCAUUUUACGACAAACAUUAAAAAAAAAAUAUAUAUCUCCGCAAUUUCAUAAAUUUUUUACAAAUAUUUUGGGGAUUUUUCUGAGUGUUCCUCCCAUCUUACAACAAUGAAUACAGGUAAA